GCUAGCAACUGCAAGAAGCGUAGGUAGAGAAUUUAAUAUCAAAAAACUUUCUACUGUCCAGUCAGCAAAGAAUGUACAAUAACUAUAAAGAAAGAAGAUGACACCUAUGACAAAUUUACGGAUACUUUGCUCAGUGACCCUGAUGUUGUUGCUGGCAAGACAAACCGUUUCAAUAUUUUUUAACCAUUCUUCGUACAUUGAAACUAAACCUUUAGACCUCGCAAAGAAAUUUAGUCUAACAUUCAGAACUUGUGAUGGUGGAAGGAUAUUAAAUCAAACUGGCCAGAAUAAUGAUUACUUUGAACUUCUAGUUGUACCAGCAAACGUAAAUUAUAGCAUAUAUCCUGCAAGUUUUACUGAAAGUUCAUUGAAUUUAAGAUGGAAAACAAAAGGAGGCAACCAAACAGUUUUAAAGAUUGGAAACAAGUUAGAUCAGAAUAUACCGUAUAGUGUGACGUUUUCACCAAGAACUAAAGAUGGAAAUGCAACAUUAUCCCUCAGUCUUGGUAGUGUAAUAGACUCAGUUCAAGUUCCUGAUGCAAUAUACAAUGUUGGUAAUAAAAGCUUAACCCUUGGCCAUGGGUUUUAUGGUUGCAUUAAUUUUGGGGACAUGUUUGAUGCGGGAACCUCUAACAACUGCACAUUGGAUAGCUGGAAAAGAUGUCCUCGUGGCGAUUGUCCUCUCGGAUAUAAGGGAUAUUAUUGUGAAAUAGAAAUUGAUGAAUGUGCUUCAUCACCUUGUCACCAUGCAUCAACUUGUAAAAAUGAGCUAGCAAAAUACACAUGUGAGUGUGGACAAGCCUGGUAUGGUAGAAACUGUGAUAAUCUGAAAAAUGAAACAUUAUGUUCACCUAAUCCAUGUGAGCAUGGUGGUAUUUGUCGACUUGUAUCAAAUCACAAUAAUUACACCUGUGCAUGUCGGCCACCUUAUGCUGGUCGGAAUUGCAGCGAGACUGUUGACCCAUGUGGAAGUAUUCAAUGUGACAAUAAUGCAACAUGUAGGAAUAUCAGUGACACUGACUUCAGUUGUCAAUGCCCGAAAGGUUUUGCAGGUAAACUUUGUGAAACAAAUAUCAAUGAUUGUGGAAGUGCUGACUGUGGUCAUGGCAAAUGUAUUGAUGGUGUUGCCACAUACAAGUGCAAUUGUAAUGGUUCUGGAUUCACAGGAGAUUUCUGUAAACAAGACAUCAAUGAAUGCAUUGUGAAUAAUCCCUGUAUCAAUGGGAGUUGUCAAAAUUAUUUUGGUGGUUACUUCUGCAAUUGUAUUGAAGAUUUUGAAGGGAAAAACUGCGAGAAUAGGAUUAAUGAUUGCUUGCCUGACCCAUGUCAAAAUGGUGGUAACUGUACGGAUUGGAUAAAUGAUUUCCACUGUAAUUGUUCUUCUGGAUUUUCUGGGACGAUGUGUGAAAUAGAGCUUCAUUCCUGCAAUGUGGUUGGUUGUACUGCUUGUGACCCGACGCCAUGCAGCCAUGGAAAAUGUAAUUGCAGUUGUACGGCGAAGGAGGAGUAUUACAACUGCACCUGCGAUGAAGGAUAUGCUGGCGUUAACUGUAGUGAAGAUAUAAAUGAAUGUUUCAAUGGUUCUAUUCCUUCCAAUAUAUGUGGUAAAAACGGUACCUGUGAAAAUACUAUUGGUGACUUCAGAUGUUUGUGUUCGGAAGGAUUUGCAGGUAGACUUUGUAAUGAAACGGAAGGACCUUGUAAUCCAAGUCCUUGCAUCCAAGGGAAAUGUAAUAGAAUCAAUAUCACGGUGAACACUUCAUCAGACGUCAACAGUUCGACUAAUAUAGAGACAUAUAAUUGUUCAUGUAACGAGGGAUGGAAAGGUAUCAAUUGCACUGAAGAUAUUGAUGAAUGCAGUGAAAAAAAAGAUGCGUGUAACGAAACAAUAAGCAGUUGUAUGAACACCAACGGAAGUUAUUUUUGUCAGUGUAAGCAAGGAUACCAACAAGGCAAAGACAGAACGGUGUGUGAAGAUGUGAACGAAUGCGAACCAAAUCCAUGUAAAAAUCCUGGAUCAUGUACGAAUACUCCCGGAACAUAUCAUUGUCUCUGUAUGAAUGGCUUUUCAGGAGUGCACUGCGAGGAUAAUAUUCCUGACUGCUUUUAUGAAGGGAAUCCUAAAUGUAUACACGGUAGUUGUAAGGAUGGAAUUGCAUCUUUCAAAUGCACCUGUGAUGUUGGCUGGAGUGGCACCCUUUGUGACGUUGAUAUUGAUGAAUGUGGUCUUGAUUACUGUCAGAAUAAUGCCACGUGCAAUAAUACACAAGGUAGUUACCUAUGCACGUGUCCAACAGGAUACACUGGUAGGAACUGUACGACGGACAUUGAUGAUUGUGGGAAUGUAACUUGCAGUCAUAAUGAAACCUGUAUGGAUAAGUUUAACGACUUCCAAUGCAACUGCUCUGCGGCUUACGAAGGAAAAACUUGUGAGAUUGAUAUUGACUGGUGUAGCGCUGGACGUAAUAACGGUUAUGUACCAUGUGACUAUGGGAUAUGCCACGAUGGUGAAUUCAACUAUACCUGUAAUUGUUUUGAUGGUUUCACUGGCAAGAACUGUAGUAUUGAUAUAGAUGAAUGUGCCUCGACGCCUUGCAAGAAUGGUUCUGUUGUCUGUGUUCAGAAGUCUAAUAAGACAGCAAUCAAGAUGUAUUUUGGAGCUGACCGUAUUUAUGCAAAAAAUGAAAGUGAUGGGUAUCUCUGUGUGUGUCAGCCGGGAUACGAAGGUUUCAAUUGCGAAAUUGAAAUAGACGAGUGUCAGUUGUAUCAACCAUGUUUUUCAAAUGGGACGAAAUCCUGCAGUGAUAAUAUUAAUAAUUACACAUGUAAUUGUCUUGAUGGUUAUACAGGUCGGAACUGUUCGGAAGAUAUCGACGAAUGUUCGCCGUUUCCAUGCAACAACGGAACGUGUCAAAACCUUAUUGCGCAAUACAAAUGUAUCUGCGACUCGAACUACACCGGCGUGAACUGCGAGAACAUGAUUGACGCGUGCACUGCUCUGUCCCCUUGUAAAAAUGGUGCUACUUGUAACGUGACCUCUGACUUCAACAUCACCUGCACAUGUGCUGCAGGAUUUUCGGGAAAAUUUUGUACCAAUAGAACGACCUUGGGAUUUGAUGGAACAUCUUCAAUGACUGUGUCCAUCUCAGAAACCACAGCAAAUAUAUCGUUUAGUUUUAGAACUAUAUUUUCCAAUGGAGCCCUGGUUUCCCACACGAGCUCGUGGGCAUUGUCUUUAGUCUUUGGUAAACUCAUACUUGCGUGCGGGGCCUCUUCCUCUUGUGAGGUCAGGGAAUCUGGAGUGUUAACGGAUUCUAAUUGGCAUAGAGUGAAAGUAGUAAUGAACGAAUCGCACGUCACUGCAGAGGUUGGCUCGAGUAAAAGCUGUGUGCAACGGUGCGGGUCGUCACGAACACGCCGGGCAGUUGACUCUAGCCCCAAACUCGUUGUGGGGGCAAAUGUCGGGGAUUCAAACCAACCUAAAUAUAUUGGCGGUAUUCGAGACUUCAGUGUCAAUGAUGUCAAAUAUUAUCCAGGAGUGGCUGGUGUUGUAGAUGAUGGGCUUGUUCCGAAUUUUCAACGUAAAAAUAUCUGCUCCCCAGACCCCUGUUUGAACGGCGCGUGUAAAGAUCUCUGGACACGUUACUCGUGUGAAUGUGAUAGAUUCUGGACCUCGACCAACUGCACUGAAAGAGUACCAUGGGGAACGUUUGGUGCAAUUAAUGUACUUAAAAAUGGUCAUCGUCCAAACAGCAAUAAGAGCUACGUCUCGUUCACGCUAUCGGCUACCGUCUUCAAUAAUCUUGCUUUCACCGUCAGGACAAGAUCAAUAUCUAGUUUAAUAAUACAACUUAAUUCGAGCGAUUCAAGGUUUUUAUCGGUUGAAACAGACGACAAGGGUUUCUUAAGAUUACGAGACAACAGUGGAUUUCUUUUUUCAAGACUGAGUAGUGCUUUAAAAAUUGGCGAUGGUGUAUCCCAUUAUAUUUAUCUCAACAGUACAGUGGUAAUGGUUGACAAUACAACCCAUGAUAUAACGAUAAAGUCAUUUAUGGUUGGAAAUGUGUCUGUCGGUGGAUUGCCAGAGACUGGUGGCGAAGAUAUGCAGUUUCGAGGUUGUAUUCGUGACGUGCGCCUGAAUGGACAACAGCUUCUGUUUUUCAAUAAAACUGAAGGUGGCAUCUUGAAUAGGACUCAAGUGAAUGUGGCUGAAGGUUGUUCAAGCGAGGAUGUGUGUUCAAAUAUUUCAGGCUCAACUCCAUGUUCAAAACACGGUAAUUGCUCGGAUCUUUGGAACGACUUUCAGUGCACAUGCGAGUAUCCAUAUGGUGGGGAUAACUGUGAACUUUAUGGAUGCGAAUGGGCAGAUCUGUGUCCACGAAAUAGUACUUGUGUGAACCUGAGGGACAGUGCAGAGUAUGAAUGUAUAAGUAAAGUAACAUUCAACCAGUCCCAGUCCUCCGCGUAUUUCACAAACUCGACGCAAUUGUCCAAUAUUAACAGUUUGAUUGUCCAGUUUCGUACUCGACAAAAUGAGACCAUCGUUUUGUCAGCGGUGUACAACGCUACAUACUUUGAGAUAGGAGUAGAGGAUGGUCUUGUUAAGAUCGUGUACAAUUUGUCUGAAAAUAUGACUGGAAGUGUCACUACAGAUAUAUUCGUCUCUGAUGGCAAAUGGCAUGAAUUAAAGAUCGAGACUUUUAUGUUGGAAACUCACUUCAGAAUUUUCACCUUGGAUGAAGAUAAGUUCACGUAUUUAAAAAAUGAUUCAAUUUCUAGAAAUGUUUCCUUACUGAGCCAAUCAUUUUCCUAUCUUCUGGCGACGGGGGGCGUCCACAUCGGAUCAUCUGCCCGAAAUGCCUCAAGCGGUCAUCUUCUCGGUUGUUUGAGGGAAGUCAGAAUAGGAAAGAAUUUACUAACAUUUGUUGAAAAUGCCGUGGUUUCCAACCCAGAGUUCAGGCCAGCAAGAUCCUCGUUUAAUAACUCUCAUCUUCGUAACAUCUUACUUGGUUGCCAUAGCAAUGACGUAUGUAUGCCCUCUCUGUGCGGUAAUGGUACGUGCGUUGAGGGAUGGAAUAAUUUCCAUUGUGAAUGUACAGACGGCUACUAUGGUAAUCGUUGUCAGUUCAACCCGUGCACUGUGUCUCCGUGUAUGAAUGGCAAUUGCACAGUACGUGAUUCAGGUUUUACGUGCAAGUGCUCAAAUAAUUAUGUCGGUGUUUACUGCAAUGAAACGUGCACUCAAGACCUUUGCAAAAAUGGCGGGGAAUGUCGCGUUUCUAGCGGGAAAAUUACGUGCACGUGCGAAUCUGAUUGGACGGGAGAACUUUGCGAGGUAUCCAUACCACGUGACGACGAUGAAGACGACGAUAAUUUGCCGUUAAUCAUCGGCUUAGUCGUUGCUGGGGGUGUAUUGCUGUUAUUGGUCAUUGCCGUGUUAUUUGUGUGUACACGUCAGACGAGUUCUACAUUUGGGACGUACAGCCCGAGAAGUGAGGAGAAAGUUGGGGCUCGUGUGGAAAUGAACCCGGUCCUAAAUGUACCACCACCAGAGAAGUUAAUAUAGUAAUACCGUAGUGUUAUAUCUGGGGAGGGGUGGGGGUCUUGUUAUAAAUAGAAAAUAAAUGAAGAGCAUGUGUACACAGUUAAUGAUUACAAUAACUUGUUCGCAAUCCAGUUCAUUCACAGCCGCCAGUAUCGUUCUUUCUGGAUAAGAAUGUUCUUCAAUGUUUUUGAUUAAUUUAUAGAUAGAGUGAGUGUUUUUAUUUGCAAUACGUUUAGCGUACGAUUAUCAAUAUAUAUAAACAGAGUCGCAUAAUUUAUAUAAACGUUAAGUUCUGUAUGAUUAUUGGAUCCUUCAAUUUUGUAUUUUU